UAUAUUUUUGUUUCAAGGGAGGCCUAGGACCUAAGUUAUAUUUAAAAUUGUAUAAAAAAUAUCGUAAAAAACAAAUUUAGCAAGCUAUGAAAUAAAAUAAAUGUAAUUUUAAUUCAAAAUGUUGAAUUCCUUGCAAAAUUCUAUCAAAUAUUUGCGGGUUGUGAACAUUAAAACCGCCUUAAACUCGUUAAAAGAAUGUAAACCAAAUAAUCCAAUAGUAAGACCCAAACUUGAUCUAAUAUCUAAAGCCAAAACUAUAUCCUUCUCACCAAGAUGUAUCAAUUUCGAAAUACAAGAAAAGCCUAUGGAUAAUAAAAUAAAACGGGAUCCUUUAGCUUACACUCCAAUAGUUAAUCCGAGGUCAAUUUUACCACUAAUUGAUGCCAAUUGGAGAAAUGAUGAGAUUGGUUUGCCUGCCAUUGACCGAGAAGAAAAACAAGCAAUCCGUUUGAUUGUUAUUAGAAGGAAAAAGAUGAAGAAACAUCAAAGGAGGAAGCUUUUUAAGAGAAUGAGGCAUCGCUGGGCAAGAGUAAAGAAAAACCGCCGCAUUAAGAAAGAAAAAAUCUUUCAAACAGAGUUAAUGAUGAUGAUUAAACAGGCAAAUGCAUUUUCUGCUGAGCAGUAUGUGACUAGCAAAAUUGAUAAAGCAAACCACACUCCAUUGCCAACUCGCUGGAGACACAAGCGUCUUCCUCAGUUCAUCAUACGACAACUACUUGGCAUUGAUAAGAAGAUUAAUUACAAGCAUACUGAUGUAUAUAAAGCAUAGAUUAAGAUCAAUGUUUAGUAGUGCUUUAGAAUAAUUAAAGGUGUAUAUUAAUUUACUAUAA